AUGUCUGAAGAAACAAUUCUUUCUAUGAAAGAGCAGAUAAUUAAAACAGAGCCUCCAGAAGACAUAACACAUGGGGUUCAGUUUGAUGAUCUUGGUAAGAUUAUUAAGUCUGAAUUAUGUUUAGAAGAUGAUGAAAAUUAUCUUGAAGUAACUAUAGACAAAGAGGUCAAACGAGAAUUACUCGAGACACCUUCUUAUGAAUGCGACAUUUACGCAAAUGACUUAAAGGAACAUCUUCAAAUUCAUUUUGGUAAAAAACCCAAAAAAUGUUAUACAUGCAAUAGAACAUUUACUAAACUGGCUCUGUUGAAACGACAUAUGCUGAUUCAUAGUGGAGAACGCCCCAAUAGAUGUGAUUUAUGCGAUAAAGACUUCAGUCGAUCAGACAAUUUAAAACGGCACAUGGUUCUUCAUACCAGUUAUCGGCCUUACAAAUGUAAAUUGUGCGAAAGCACUUUUAAAGAUCCAAGCAAUUUGAUACAACACAUGUCUGGUAAAACAAUUCUCUCUGCGAAUGAUCAGACAAUUAAUAUUGAGCCACCAGAAUAUUCAGUGGAAGAUAUAAAAUGUGAAAUUAUGGAUGAAUUAGAAGUUCUCGAUGAUAUUAUUGAGUCUGAAUUGUGUUUUGAAGAUAAUAAAACAAGUCUGGAAAGUUUCAUGGAGUCCAAAGUGACGAUAGAAGAAGAAAUCAAACAAAAAUCAUUCGAGACACCUUCUUACAAAUGUAACAUUUGUAAUAGAUUAUUUGCAGAAUUAGAUAGUUUAAAACGGCAUAUGGUAGUUCACGAAAUUAAAUGCACCUCAUGUUCAAAGACUUUUCCAAGUCCAAGUCAGUUCAAGGAGCAUUUUCAAACUCGUACUAAUGAGAAACCGUACAACUGUGGUAAAUGUUGUAGGUCAUUUAAUCGUAAGAGUCAUUUGAAUGAGCAUAUGUAUAUCCAUAGUGGAGAACACCCUUUUAGAUGCAAAACAUGCAAAAAAGGAUUUUCAUGUUUGAGCCGAUUAUCUUCUCACAUGGCUGUUCAUAGCAAAAAAAAACCUCAUAAUUGUGAAAUUUGCAAUAGGGCAUUCUCACAAUUAAGCAAUAUGAGAAGACACAUGGUAAUUCAUACAGCAGAAUAUACUUUUAAAUGCACAGAAUGCGAUAAAGCCUUUCGUCGUUCUGGUAAUUUACAAAAGCAUAUGCUUAUCCAUACCGGGGAACUUCCUUUUAAAUGUUUAAUAUGUGAUAAAGCUUUUCGUGUUUCAUAUAGUUUAAAAGAACAUAUGCUUGUUCAUACCGGGGAACGCCGUUUUAAAUGUAUAAUAUGUGAUAAAGCUUUCAGUAAAUCAAUUAAUUUAAAAAGACACAUGGUUAUUCAUACUGGAGAACGUUCUUUUAAAUGUAAAAUAUGUGAUAGAGAUUUCGGUCUAUCAACUCAUUUAAAACAACAUAUGCUUGUCCAUACUGGAGAACGCCCUUUUAUAUGUGAAAUAUGUAAUGGCACAUUUACACGAGCAUAUUAUCUGAAAAAACACAUGGAGCACAAUCAUAGAGAAGAAAAACCUUAA